GCAGCCGCCUUCAGUCAGACCCCCAAAAAUAGCCCAGGGGGUGGGCUGGCAGCAGACCCCAGUAGGGUCCAGAGGAGUCAUGUGGUCAACCUUGUCCUCCCAUAACACAGACAGAGCGACAGGAGAGGCGUGAAGAUCCAGAAGCAGAUCAUAAACCAGCUGGGAGACAUCUUCCUCAGUGGAUGUACUACAGUGCGAGAGGAGUGACUAUCUCUGCCUGUGCUUGUCACAUGUGCUCACUGUAGUUGGAGUGGAAAAGUCAGACUGAGUGUAGGCACCCAGAAGCCGAGUGGCUGAGCGAUCCUGGACCAUGAAGCUUAGUGUGGCGUUGUUUUUCGCAGGGCUCUUCGGGGCGUUGGCAGCUGUGUUCAUCCUCCUCUCGUUUGGAACUGAUUACUGGCUGCUGGCCUCUGAGAGUUGCCACCCAAACCCUGACGGAUCUCUUGGCCCGGGUGGUGUGCCCAUAGAGCGUGGAGAUGUGGUGGUGCAGGAUGGCACCAGUAGUGGAAUCACUCUGUACCAUGAGGGAUUUUUCUGGAGAUGCUCCUUUGGAGGCAACGAGGGCGAUGACGACCUGCUGUGGAAGCUCUGGUUCACUAAUCAGCCUCACUCCAAAGUGUGCAUGCCUGCCUACCUCUUCCCAUUCCCAGUGUCUCAACAGACCCACAAUGCCACAGCGUACGAUUCUGCCAUAAUCUACAGAGGCUUCUGGAGUGUGUUUAUGUUGAUUGGUGUAGCAGCUGUGUUGCUCGGUGGGUUCUUCAUCAUUUGUGCUGCUCCCUUCGCCAGCCAUGGCUUGUAUAAAGCAGGAGGAGGCCUCUUCCUGACAUCUGGUCUUUUCCUGCUGUGUGUGGUGGUGAUGUACGUCCUGUGGGUGCAGGUGUUGGAUGUGGUGGAUGUCUACAUUGAAUACCAGCGCACUGCACUGUGUCCGAACUUCCAGCUGUCCCUCAACUAUGGUUUGUCCUUCAUGUUUGCCCCUGUUGGCAUCUUCUUCUGCCUGCUGGCCGGCCUUCUCUUCCUACUCAUUGGCCGAACCAUCCAGGUCCACUACCACUGACUUUAGCCAGUAGCAGGUUAGAGGCUUGAGAUGUUUAGAACACAAGUGUUUGUCUUUUUUCUCUCUUUCUUUUCUUUUUAACCACCAGACCUUUGAUUUUUUCUCCAUUUUGUCUGCCAUGUAAAAGCAGGACUCUGUAGACACUGGAUGGCAGCUCUGUGGUGUAAAUUAUCUGAGAGUCUUGAGCACUUUGUUCCAGGAUAAAUUGCAACCAUUGUUUGAUUAAAAAAAGAAAAAGCUCAUUGUAGGUACUAUGAGGAAUUCUCCACAAACCUGAUCACAUACAGUAUUCUUCAUAUUCUAAUACCUGUGGUGCUUUUGUUUGAAUCUUGAGCGUUGAUGUGUCAUAUUUACCAGCGAUCAAAUGGUGAUGUGUUGAUGCUUGAGAAUAUGCUGAAGAGGUACAAAUAGAGAGAGACAGUAAUUAAAAAAAAUGUUUAACUUUGUAUAGUUUUAAAAAAAUCUUCUUAAGAAAAGUGCACAGUGUAAAGCUUACAUGGUGGCAUAUCCAUUUUAUAUUCUGUAGGUUACCACAACCUACAGUAAUUGAGGUGAGUGUUUUUGAAAAGAACACCUGGCUUGCAGCUAUUUCUGCAGUCGAUUUAAAGAACAGGGUUGAUGAUGUUCUAUAUUUGUUGUUAUUGUCCACAAAUCCCAUGAAAAGACCAGAACCAAUGCUUUCCAGCCUCUCUACCAAGUCUAUGACUCUCAGCUGAGUUUUCAUUUUGUAUCAAAGGCUAAAUAAGUUAUUGAACGAGAUGGGUACUGUAGUUUCAUUUAGGCAAGAAAAACUACUUGGUUAGGUUUAAGAAAACAUGCUAUGAUAACCACAUUACUAAAUACAGUUACUAACGUACCUACGUUACGUCGAUGACUGCAGUUACAUUAUGUAUGGGCUGGUGCAUCUGAAAUGCUUGUUUGACCACGCCCAUAUUUGUACUACUUUGCUGCUCUUCCAGAUUUGCUGUGCAAUAAUCACAACAGCCACUAGAGGUCGCCCACCUAGCAAAAAAAAUGCCAGUACGCGUCGGAAUAAGUUGCUUUCACAUUUGACCUAUCCGGGCGUUUCUAUGAUAAGGACAGGCUGCAUCCAUCAUAAUAAAGGAACAUGUCAGUGCAGUAGGUUUUGAUCACUGCCACCACAAUGGCGCUCACAGAGAAGCCAUUCCUAUUAGCCUUUAACAAUGCAGACAACACUGUAGGGUCCAUUAAUUGUUGCUGGUAAUAAGAAUAUAUAAGAAUAUCAUCAGACCUGUCAUAUAUUUUUCACUGAGUGUUUAAUGCUUAUUUUUCAGCUUUUUUAACGCAGUAUUGUUUUACUGUUUCUGUACAUAGCCUGAGACUGUUUAUAAACCGGUUUAUUCAGCAGUGUUUAUUCUGUUUAUAAGUGGAGCUUGAAGCAUGAUUGGCUUUCGAUGAACUGUCUCGUGUUUCUGUUGUUCAGUUAUCGUCUUACAUGUUUUCACCGUCUGAUGUUUCCUCAAGUUAUUAAGUGUGUGGUGAGAAUCUGACAUACCAUCAUAUGUUUCAUGUCAUGUUUCAUCAUGUGUUUGCCAAUAAAACGACACAGUGGAGGUGAGAUUUGAUGGCCAAAAUGAAUAUUUUUGUCACUUCUCAAAAGAUAGUGUCAGGUGUGUGUAGCCAAAAUCAGCGUGCCCAUUACGUAGAAAGAUUGCCUCUAGCUUAGACUCCUGUAGAUCAAUUUAUUGCACAUGACAAAAGGUGACAACUUGCAGACUGUGUUAUUCUAGAGACAAGAAUAUCAACCAUGACCCGUCAGGGGAAGACCUUCUGUACAUGGAAUAAACUGA